AUGGCCUCAGCACAAUCAACGACUGUGGCUGCACAACCGCAGCAAAAUUUAUCCUUGAACCUGGCAGAGAUGUACAAGGAAACCUUCCAAAAAUACAAGCAAAUGAAGGAAUCUGGCUUAACAGAUAGGGACCCUGAGCUUCAACGAGUUCACUCUCAACUUUCCAACUUGAACCAACAGCGAAUUUAUCACCAGCAAAGAGCUACCUAUCAGGCGCAGCAGCAACAGCAGCAACAACAGCAGCAGCAGAGUUCAGUAAAUAACUCAAGUAGGAUUAGCAAUUCAUCAGCCAACGCUUCGCCCGUUUCAACUCAUGCCUCUCAACCCUUACCAAUAUGCCAACCAUCAAACACCAACUCAAGUAGCACCUCAAGCAAUACGAAUUCCAAAGGUGGUCCACAGAAGUUGCACACAAAAACCGGAGGUUUUUUUUCGGCUGAACAACUAAGCAUGCUAAAACAUCAAAUAUUUGCAUUUAAAUGUCUGACCAAAAAUACCGGUAUACCUCUUCUAACUCAACAACAGCUAUUUGGCUCGCAGAUAUCCGAGCUGCCCCGGAGCCCAGGAACUGACACAAACCCCCAAAAGUCAGAGGAAACUCCUAGAGUCGCAGCACUAGCCUCACCCUCAGAAGAUUCAGAAAAGCAACAUGAGUAUGACGUAUACAAGUCGCCAUUUGACGCCCUUUCAUCGAAGAUAAAUUAUACUUCACACCAAAAUAGAGCGGAAAGGCUGAUGAUUCCCAGUCUAAUGCCCUCUGGAAUCGAUACCGAAAAACUCAGGGCAGACAGAGAAAUCAUAAUAUACAACCGAAUGCAAGCUCGGUUAAGAGAACUUCAAAGCCUGCCUGCGAAUAUGGCUCACCUUGAUUUGCGCAAAGAAGAACUUGUUGCAGAAGACACCUUGAGGAGAAAGGCCUUGAUUGAGAUGAAAAUGUUGGGCCUGUAUCAGAAACAGAAAGUUUUACGGGAGAGAAUAGGCAACCAAUUAAUCCAGUAUAACAACCUCGCUAUGACAGCAAACCGUAGUCACUACCGGCGUAUGAAGAAGCAAUCAUUGAAGGAAGCUCGUAUAACCGAGAAAUUGGAAAAGCAGCAGCGCGAUGCCCGAGUUACUCGAGAGAAGAAGAAACAUACAGACUAUUUGCAAACUGUUCUGUUCCAUUCCAAAGAGGUCAAAGAUAGUGGCGCGAACCAAAAGUAUAAACUUGCCAAACUUGGCCGCAUGGUACAAGCGGCCCAUCAAAAUAUUGAAAAAGAGGAACAAAAGAGAAUAGAAAGAACUGCAAAACAGCGUCUGCAGGCCCUCAAGUCCAAUGACGAAGAAGCUUACUUGGCGCUCCUCGACCAAGCAAAAGAUACCCGUAUCACACAUCUGCUCAAACAAACUGACGGCUUCUUGGGGCAACUAGCUGCCUCGGUUAAGGAACAACAACGAAAAGCUGCUGAGCGUUACGGUGAUAAUAUGGAGACCUUUGCUGAAGAGGAAUCUGAAGAAGAUGAUGAUGAGGAGCAAGAUACUAGAAAGAUUGAUUACUACGCAGUCGCACACCGAAUAAAGGAAGAAGUUACUCGGCAACCAGAUAUAUUAGUUGGUGGAACUUUGAAAGAAUACCAACUCAAGGGUCUCCAAUGGAUGAUCUCUCUAUAUAAUAACAAUCUUAACGGUAUUCUUGCGGAUGAGAUGGGUCUUGGUAAAACGAUUCAAACUAUCAGCUUACUGACUUACCUUGUGGAGAAAAAAAAUCAAUUAGGUCCCUUCCUGGUUAUUGUACCCCUUAGUACUCUCACGAACUGGAAUAUGGAAUUCGAGAAAUGGGCUCCAGGUCUUCAAAAGGUUGUCUACAAAGGUCCUCCAACUGCAAGAAAACAGCAACAACAACAGCUUCGCUAUGGUAGUUUCCAAGUCCUGUUGACCACCUAUGAAUAUAUUAUCAAGGAUCGCCCUAUCCUUAGCAAAAUAAAAUGGAUUCACAUGAUUAUCGACGAAGGUCAUCGAAUGAAGAAUUCUUCAUCAAAGCUAAGUGCAACUUUGACCCAAUACUACUCGACAAGAUACCGCUUAAUUCUCACUGGAACACCCCUCCAAAAUAAUCUCCCGGAAUUGUGGGCUCUCCUCAAUUUUGUGCUUCCGAAUAUAUUCAAGUCUGUCAAGUCCUUUGACGAAUGGUUUAAUACCCCAUUUGCCAACACAGGUAGCCAAGAUAAAAUGGAGCUAACGGAAGAAGAACAAAUUCUCGUCAUUCGACGUUUACACAAGGUGUUGCGGCCAUUUUUACUUCGUCGUCUCAAGAAAGAUGUCGAAAAAGACCUCCCGGAUAAGACCGAAAAAGUAAUUAAGUGCAAAUUUUCUGCACUACAAUCUCGCUUGUAUAAACAGAUGGUUACUCAUAACAAGCUGGUCGUAAGCGACGGUAAAGGCGGAAAGACAGGAGCACGUGGCCUUAGCAAUAUGAUUAUGCAGUUAAGAAAAUUGUGCAACCACCCAUUCGUUUUUGACGAGGUAGAAAAUCAAAUGAACCCUCUUAACACUAGCAAUGACUUACUAUGGAGAACUUCUGGGAAAUUCGAACUUCUCGAUCGUAUUCUGCCCAAGUAUCAACGAAGUGGUCACCGGGUUCUAAUGUUCUUUCAAAUGACGGCAAUCAUGGAUAUUAUGGAAGAUUUCCUAAGAUACCGGGGUAUUCAGUUUCUACGAUUAGACGGUACUACGAAGUCAGAUGAUCGUUCUGAUCUAUUACGUGAGUUUAAUGCGCCAGACUCUCCUUACUUUAUGUUUCUGCUCUCUACGCGUGCCGGUGGUCUCGGUUUAAAUUUACAAACUGCCGAUACUGUGAUUAUCUACGACUCUGAUUGGAAUCCACAUCAAGACUUGCAAGCGCAAGAUCGAGCUCAUCGUAUAGGUCAAAAAAAUGAAGUCCGAAUUCUGCGGCUAAUUAGUUCAAACUCGGUUGAAGAGAAAAUUCUUGAGCGUGCCAAGUUCAAGCUCGAUAUGGAUGGCAAAGUUAUCCAGGCCGGUCGAUUUGAUAACAAAUCCUCGGAAACAGAUCGGGAUGCCAUGUUGCGUGUCAUGUUAGAAACUGCCGAGGCUGCGGAAAGUCUAGAACAAGAAGAAAUGGACGACGAAGAUUUAAACAUGAUAUUAGCCCGCUCAGAUAAAGAACUCGUUCUCUUCCAACAGAUUGACGCCGAGAGAGCUAAGGAUCCUACAUACGGAAAUAAACCUGGCAGUAAACGGGUACCUAGACUUAUGACCGAAAGUGAGCUUCCCGAAAUUUAUAUGUCAGAUGGAAAUCCAAUUCCUGAUGAGCCUGAGGAAGUUAAGGGCCGCGGUGCCCGGGAACGUACUCGUGUUAAAUAUGACGAUGGCCUGACCGAAGAGCAAUGGUUAAACGCAGUCGAUGACGAUGAAGACAGUCCUGAGGCUGCCGCUGCCCGAAAACAAGCUCGGAAGGACAGGCGUGAACGAAACAGACUACGGCGUACUGGAGAAUCUUCAGGCUCAAUAGAAAAUUCACCUGCUGGUAGUCGUGAGAGUACCGAAGAAGCCGAACCCACGCCAAAGAAAAGUCGAGUCCGUAAGGUAGUCAAAGCUGAUAAGCGAAAAGCUGAUGGUCUUGAUGAAGAGCCAUUACAUAAGAAGAGGAAGGGCCCUGUAGGACGUGUAAAAACCGCUGGAUCGACCAAUAGUCACAUAAGUCCUAAGCAGCGCAACCUCCUCCAAAUAAGCCUGCGAAAUAUAUAUGAUUCUCUAUUAGCUCUAGAAUCUGAGUCAGGAGACGAAGAGGACGAAGAAGAAGAAGAUGAAGGGAAGCGCCUAAUUAUCGGGCCUUUUAUAAACUUACCAUCAAAAAAAGACUUUUUCGACUACUACAAUAUUAUAAAGCAACCUAUUGCCAUGAAGCAGAUUGAGAGGAAAAUAAAAAGGGAGGAGUAUUCAAGCAUGAAUGAUCUGAUGCGGGACAUACAGCUUCUUUGUAAAAACGCAAAGACAUACAAUGAGGAUGGCAGCAUGAUCUACGUUGAUGCAGUAGCAAUCGAGGCAGCCUGUGCUUCUGAAAUACGCAAAGAGCUUAAUAGUAAUCCAGAGCUUGGCGACUUGGAAGGAUCAUCUCGUAAUACCCCGACAAGAACAAACGGAACUCUAAUGAGUGCUGGGUCAGCGAGCAAUCCCAAGCUUAAACUCACAAUCAAUAGUGUGCAGCCAGGAGGCAGUAGAACGCUGAGUGAUGAUGAAUAA